AGAGGCGCUCGCCGCUGAAGCAAAGCAAAGGGCUGAUUGCCGGAAGUGGGAGCCUUCGCUGAGCCUGCCGGUUAGAAAUGGGGCCGAGCGGAGGCGAGGCCGGCUCGGGCUGGCGUUAGGGCGCAUGGGGCUGGUCUCCGGGCUGCGAUGAGGGGCAGUGCCUGCUGCCUGCCCGGGUUAGAGCCGCCCGCGCCGUGGAGUUAGCGUCUCGCGAGCCGCCCUCUCGGGGAGUCCUUCCCCCGUCUCCCCUCGGGCUUGGCGGGGGAUUUUUCAGGCGCAAUGUGGCUCCCGCGCUUCUUCCCCAGCGCCUUGCUGGUCUUGGGGCUCGUUUGCAGGCGUGAAGCCUUGGUCAACUCCAGCGCGGGUCUUCUUGAACUCUCUUUGGACAAGUUCAGAAAUGUGCUACUUAACAAGACCAUCCCAGUGGAAGCUGUAAUAAGGAAUAUUGCAAGCAACGUGACUGUCAUUAUUUUUCAAGUACAUUCCCACCAAAAAAAUGUAACCAUCUCUUUUGAUAAGAAUUCCUCUGCAAAUAGCUCAGGAACUGGAGUGGACAAAGGGUUAGUUUCCAUCCUUCGGCCUCAGCAGAGCGUGUGUACAUGGUAUCUGCAGUCUCCGGAUGCCAGCCAAGUGUUGAGCACAGCCGUUUCUUUUGCUUAUUCUGAGAGAGAUCCUAUCCCUGGAGGCUGCAAUCUGGAAUUUAACUUGGAAGUUGAUCCCAAUAUUUAUUUAGAGUAUAACUUAAUUGACACACGCAUCAAGUUUGCCCCUGCAAACUUGGGAUAUGCCAGAGGUGCCAAUCCUCCCUCGUGUGAUUCAGGGACAGGCCAGAACUCUAGAUGGCGACUGCGCUAUGACAUCUAUCAGUAUUUCUUACCAGAGAAUGAUCUCUCGGAAACUGCACUCCUGAACCACCUGCGAAAGAUGUCUGACGUGCAAAGUGUCCGAGCUAAUGGCAUUAGACUGGUUUCCUUAACAACUGACGAAAAGACCAAUGUCCACUUCUCCUCACUCCCUGGACAAGGAGUGAUCUAUAAUGUCAUUGUGUGGGAUCCACUUUGGAAUACCUCUGCUGCAUAUGUACCUGUUCAUACCUAUGCCUGUAGCCUCACUGCCCUCGUGGAUAAUUGUUUCUCUCUCAGAAGACUCUCCACCAAAAUAUUCUUCACCACUUUUGCUGUUCUUGGUCUCUUUAUUUGCUUCUUUGGUCACAGGUUCUGGAAAACAGAUUUGUUCUACAUGGGCUUCAUCGUCAUGGGAUUCAUUUUCUUUGUAUUAUUUGCUAGAAUAACCUCCCUUAGCUAUGAUGUUUGUCUGAUUCUGACAGCAGUAGCUGGACUCGUUGGAGGGCUUCUCUUGGUUGCUUAUUGGUGGAGAUUUGGCUUUGUCCUUCUCUGUAUGUUGAUUGUUGGACUUGUGCUGGGAUUCUUCUUCUCAUCCGUGAUCUUCUUCACUCCACUAGGAGACUACAAGGUUUUUCGUGACGAUGCUGUGUUUUGGGUGACCUUUUCCUGCAUGGCAUUGAUGGUGCCAAUAGUCUUUGUUGGCUGUCCAAGAAUUCUGAACAUAUUGGCCUGUGGCAUAAUAGGCUCUUAUUCAGUCAUCUUAGCUAUUGCUUGUUACCUGUACACAAGCCUCGCUUACAUCACAUUGGACCUACUCAGGAGGGUUCUGAAUGACGAUUUCAGCCAAGCUUACACCAAUGUGCCCUUCCAAACAAAUGAUAUAAUCAUCUUGGCAGUAUGGGGGAUGCUGGCAGUCGGUGGAAUAAUGGUGCAGCUUCGCCGAGAGAGACGUGAGAUACCCUUCCCACCACACCCUUAUCGUAUCUGGAAGCGAGAAAGGGAGCGCAGGAUUACUAACAUCCUGGAUCCUAGCCACCACAUCCCUCCUCUGAGAGAGAGGAUCCAUAACAAACUGUCGCAGAUCAAGGAGCUCUUCCGAAAAGAGCAGCCAGCUGGGGAAAGAACUCCAUUGCUUCUGUAAUUAACCAAAUGGUGCACAUUGAUAGCUACUCAAAAGGGCUCUAAGCAUCUAAACUGAGGUGGUGAUGACCAGCAUCUGUCCAGCAAUGCUGACGUGGUGUUCUUAUGACCUAAUCCCGCUUAACAAAGCUACAGUGUAUGCCGGACGUUGAAGACAAACCUUUAUCUAGCUGAUACGCUGAAUGCUGUCCUGUGCUCUUUCUCAGUGGCCCAUUUGUCCUGCUGUAAAAACUUCUGGUUCCUGCAGAGACCUUGCACUAAGGGUGGAGUAUAUUUGAGUGCAAUGACUAAGGUGUUUCUCUUUGUGAGUCUUGUGUGUGUUGGAAAUGUUUAGGUAUGUGAAGUCUAAAAACAAAAGCCUGAGAAGGUAACUUGUGAUUUAAAUAUGUGCAAUGUCAAAACUCUUCCCUUGUAUCUUGUAACGGAUUUUCAAGAGACCACCUUGAUUCUCACCAGACAUGAGCAUCCUAUGCUGAACAUACAAGGGAAGAAAUACUAAAGACAGACUAGAUAUUGAAGUAUCCUAACUGCAGUGUCUUCACAACUAUUAAACCUUCAACAUUGGUACGAAACCUACAUCUCUGAACACAGUAAUGGUUUUUAAUAGGUCUAUUACUGAACCAUCACAAACUGUACUUGUGUUUUAAUUGCACUGGAUUAAUAUUUGUAUUCCUGUGUGUUCAGCAACUGGACUCUGCCUCAGAGAUA